AUGAUGUCGCUUGACCCCGCACGGAAAAGAAAAGAAGCUCAUAACCCGAUACAGCUAUCUCGUGAUAAAGGCAAGGUUCGUGUUAUCGAGCGAUCAGUAGAAGGAUACCCCAGCCGCUCCACGAAGAAUCCGCAGGGGCGCAACAGUACCCCUGCUAGCCGUACCUUUACUACACUUCGUCGGGGAAGCAUCAAGAUCUUCUCCAUCUUCCGUAAUGGCAAGAGUUCCACUCCAAGCUCCGGAGAGGCUACAUUUGGUAGCACGGGGUCAACGGUGAACAAACAAACCGACGCACUUGCCGAUACCGCCAAAUCCUACUCUAGUUCUCAUCUACAAUGUCCUAUAGUGCGUGGUGUACCUACGACUUUACCAGCUCUAUCCGUAGAUCCGGACCCUUCAUCCUUACUUCAACUCACAAAUGCCGCCGUCUUCGAUGGCGAAUCAGAACCUAUACCAAGAGCUCGCACACCACCUCCUAUGCCAAUAGCAACAAGUUGGUCGACAUCAAGUCUUUCGUGGCAACUCACUUCCAAGCUCUCCAACGCCCUGCUGAACAACGACACGGUGGUACAUCGACCCAAGUUGAGCUCCCGGCCAACCGUCAGAACGGAUCAGUUCAAGCAGCCGAGCGACGAUCAGCAAACUACAACCUCCCCUAGAAGCCCCAUGUCCGAGGUUCCUUCUCUUCCAUCAAGUGUUCUCAGUCCUGCCAGCAGCGUCGCACCAUUGAGUCAGUCGACUGCACCGACUUCACUGGUCUCAUCAGGCGCGCCGCUGUCUGCUGAAACAUUAUAUCGAACCCAGAACGGUCGCCAUAUAACCGACAAUUCACCUGCACUCUUUUGCGAGCCCACCUCAGAACACAUAUCUCCACGGUUUCUUGUCUUCCCGCGUCAAGAUGCACCACGACUACGUGAGCCUUCCAUUGCCACCAUCGAGAAUGCAGCAGCGGCAAAAAUCUUUUUCGAGUCUCAUUUCAACCAACUCCUCGGAACCAAGGUCGCGCCACGAUCUAUGCGCCGCCGCCAAAUGGAGCGCACGCUCUUCACAAUGGCCAUACCCAACGAGCAGCGUCAUUACAAAAAACGAGAAUAG